AUGGUAGAACAACUUGAAAACACCAGUAAAAAACUGGAUCCAGAAAUUGACAUCAACAAUGCAAAGUUAAUAACAGACAAGCAACACCCCGAAGUGGAAAAAGGACAGGCAUACAAAGACAAAGAAACACUAAAAAAUGUCCUCAGCUACUACGCAAUCAAAAACAACUUUCAGUACAAAGUGUGGAAGUCCUGCUCUCAAGAAUACGAUGCGAAAUGUGUUUAUGAAAGCUGCAAUUGGUCACUAAGAGCAUCGAGAAAUGGGCCAACAAACACAUUCAUAAUCAGGAGGUUCUCAAAUAUGCACACAUGCCCCAUAAAUAUAAGGCAUGAAGACCAAAGGCAAGCAACAUCGAAACUGAUAGGGGAAUGCAUAAAACCGAAGUUCUUGAACAUAAAGACCAAGGCAACAGCGAUGGACAUAAAAGGGGAGUUGAAAUACAGAUUUGGCAUCAAAAUGAACUAUAUGAAAGCUUGGAGAAGUAAGGAACAUGCAGUAAACGACUUGAGAGGAAAUGCUAGUGACUCGUACAGCCUAAUACCGAGUUUCUUACACAUGGUGGAAAAAACAAAUCCUGGAUCAUUUGUGGAUCUGAAAACGGCAGAAGACAACAGCUUGCUCUUUGUUUUCAUGGCGUUGGAUGCAUCCAUAAAAGGGUGGGGAGCAUGCAGACCGAUAGUUGUUGUGGACGGAACGUUCCUCAAAGCAGCUUAUGAAGAACUAUGAAGGUAUUUAUAGACAAAAAUAAUAAAAAUGGGAGGGAAAAUGAGAGGGAAGUUUAAGAUAGUGGGAUGGGAUUUGAAAUUUUUUAAAAUGAAAAAACUACCCACUAUUACAACCGUCUAAGCAAACUGAAAAAUGGGGAAGAAGAUGAACAGUUGAAAUGAGAGAGAAUACCAAUUACAAAAUUUAGAUUCGAAAAUAAUAUGAAAAAAAUAAAAGAAAAAUACAUAAAUACAACACUUUUUCAUCAUAACACAUAACCGUCAAAAUCAAAACAAUUACUUUUUUUUUAUAAAAAAGAAAAAAAAACGUGGCAAAACCCUAUCGUGACAAGUGGCAAUGAAAACAAACACCACUCACAUCAAGCGGCUAAAGUUUUAAAGGCAGUAAACUGCCAAAAAAAAAAAAAAAAAAAAAAAAGUAUAAAUGUUGAAAUUGCCGUGCAACAGUAAAAAAGUUAUAAAUUGGGAAAAAACAGUAUAGGGUGUAAAUUUCCCUUCUAUUAUUUCCUACCACUAUAUAUGUAAUUGGUUCAUUAAUAUAUUGGAAUUACUUUGAUUUGU